GGUGCAUUAAGAAUUUGGUGCACAAUAGCAAACUGUACGAUCUGGCACAUCCGGGACUGUCGAGAAACAGUGUCGCCGGUUGUCCACAGACGGAGGAGGUGUGCAGUCAGAGUGAGCAAACGUCCCGCUGUUGGGAGCAUGGUAAUUGUGUCGGUAGUUUCACCGAAGCCCGCUGCCAGUGCCGUCCGGGAUGGACUGGUCCGGCUUGCAACAUUCCUACCAUACCGACCACAUUCAAGCAGCAGAGUUACGUGAAGUACGCACUGUCCUUCGAACCGGAUCGGUUCAGCACCCAGAUACAGCUACGGUUCCGAACGCGCGAACAGCACGGUGAGCUGUUCCGUGUCAGCGAUCAGCACAAUCGUGAGUACGGCAUACUGGAGAUUAAGGACGCACGUCUUCGGUUCCGCUACAAUCUCAACUCGCUGCGUACGGAGGAGAAGGAUAUCUGGCUGAAUGCGAUUGCCGUGGAUGACGGUCAGUGGCAUGUGGUGCGAGUGAACCGUCAUGGAUCCGCUGCCACGCUGGAGCUGGAUGGUGGUGAGGGUCGCCGAUACAACGAAACGUUCACCUUCGAUGGGCACCAGUGGUUGCUGGUUGAUAAGCAGGAAGGUGUAUAUGCCGGCGGGAAAGCUGAAUAUACCGGUGUCCGCACAUUCGAAGUGUACGCCGACUACCAAAAGAGCUGUCUGGACGAUAUCAGAUUGGAGGGCAAACAUCUGCCAUUGCCACCGGCCAUGAACGGUACGCAGUGGGGUCAGGCAACGAUGGCUCGCAAUCUCGAACGUAACUGUCCAUCGAACAAACCGUGCGCCAACGUGAUCUGUCCGGAUCCGUUCGAGUGUGUCGAUUUGUGGAAUGAGUACGAGUGCACCUGCGGUGAAGGGCGCGUCAUGUCACCGGACGGUAAGGGUUGCAUGGAUCGGAACGAGUGUCUCGAUCUGCCGUGCCUGAACGGUGGCAUCUGCGUGAAUCAGGAGCCCCGGUUGCGCUAUCGCUGCGACUGCCCGGACGGAUUCUGGGGCGAAAACUGUGAACUCAUCCAGGAGGGACAAACGCUCAAGCUGAGCAUGGGCGCCCUAGCGGCCAUUCUUGUGUGUCUGCUAAUUAUAUUGAUUCUGGUGCUGGUGUUUGUGGUGUACAACCGAAGGCGAGAGUCGCACAUCAAAUAUCCGGGCCCGGAUGAUGAUGUGCGGGAGAACAUCAUCAACUAUGAUGAUGAAGGUGGCGGUGAGGAUGAUAUGACCGCGUACGACAUUACCCCGCUACAGAUCCCGAUCGGACCGAUGCCGGAGCUGACGCAAUGCAAGAUGCCACCGUUGAUGUAUCCGGUCAUGACAAUGGGACCGGGACACGAACCAAACGUCGGCAUGUUCAUCGAGGAGCACAAGAAGCGGGCAGACAGUGACCCCAAUGCGCCACCGUUCGAUGAUCUGCGCAACUACGCUUAUGAAGGUGGUGGCAGUACGGCUGGAUCGCUCAGCUCACUACAGUCAGGCACGGAUGAUGAGGUGCAGGAAUUCGACUACUUGGACGCCUGGGGCCCACGGUUCGACAAGCUGGCCAACAUGUACGGCGAUCAUCAUCCGACUGAGCUUGAUGAUUUAAAUUAAAUCCUAGCUCUCGAUCGAUACCACCGUGCGUAGAUUGCGCGCGCGUCUCCUUCAACCAAUAACGUUUGUUUUUUGGGUGACAAGUUCGAAGGGAACACCGGAUGUGAGUGGCACAAGGACAGCACGGCCAAACAAAAAACAAAAACGUAACAAAUCAGCUAAAGAGACACCCAGCAGCACGAAACGCGAAAUGCAAAUCAAGCGAACCGAAGACGAAGUUUUCCCUUGCCGGACACAGAUCACGAAGAAGGAGACAGGAGAUGGACAAACAAAAACCAGACGACUGAAAUACGAGAUUCGUUGCCAACAGCUACCGAUUUGCGGAGUUGUGCGUUUUAGUAUAAUUUACUUCGUUAAAUCAGUCGCAGGAGAACGUGAAACACACAGCCCCAAGAAAUGGCUCUGUUUCGCGUCACCUUUACCCGUGUAAUCAUCAGCAACAGCACGAGAGAUAGAGAGGGAAAGAGGAAUCCAACUCUUAUACAUACAGCAUUCUACUCUACUCACACAUCUACACAGUUCGCCCAACAUGAUGAAACCGUAGAACUGCCAUUAAUCUACCAGCCCCGACCCACGGAUAGCGGCGGAUCUUAACCAGGGCGAAACCCCUAUUUUAUAAGCCACAAAUCGGCGGUGAGGCCUAAGCAAGACGAAACCGGGGCGAAGAUUCCGGAUAAGACAGGUAAGUGUAGAAAGGCCAUCUGUCUAGCGAAGGUAGAACGGAAUUAAAAGAAGUAAAAUACACAAACACAUACACGCAUUAUCGAAACCAACGGGGGAAGGACAGACAGGCACGUCGAUGCGCAUUUGUGUGAAUUAUAUUAUUUCACAUACGAUGGAGACGCUUGGUGUGUGAAUUAUAUUAUUUCACAUACGAUGGAGACGCCUGGUGUCCGGUACACUAUAUGGGCAGGGUAAUAGAAGUGCUUUGAAAAUGGACAGGUUUUUGGGGUAGCGGAUUUUUUUUUAUUAAACUUUUUUUAUUGGCCCCAAUAUGCUAUCAGUAUCAGAGAGAGAGAGAGAGAGAAAAAUGUUAGAAAUAGGCUGGAAAAAUGCAAUGUCCGUUUUACUCUUUUUUUUUCGUUGAUUUUAUUGUCAGUUUUAAUUGCUCCUCGCAUAACGGGGAAAAGAGGUUUCCUGCCAUGAUUGUGUGCGUGUGUGCGAUGUUCCAUCGAAGAAGGGACAAAACCAGUAUGAGAUGACUGAGAACAGGGCGAAAUGUUGAAGUACGUAUAGAAGCGAACAGCAUCGAGCAUUAAUAAGAAGCAAAACAAACAAAAAAUGAAAAGCAUACUUUAAACCAAAGUUUAAUUAUAAUCAUUGUUGAGAUUACAGUUAAGAACGGUUACGGUUAAGCGCGCCAGUACGGUUUAAGAAAAGAUUGAGCCCAAAUGUGUAUGUGUGUGUGUUAGUACUGUCAGGAAAAAUGCUUAUACUUACAACCAAGUACGGUAUCGAUGUUCGAUUAGGUGGGGAAGCAGCCAAAAAAAACAGAGAAAAAAAGCGAAUGAAAGCGUGAAUUAUCGCCUGCUUGAUCUUAAAGAUGGUGACGACAGAAGGCCAAGAGAAGGAACGUUAACGUGCGCCCCGAACGCAAACGAAGGGUGGCAUCAUUUGUAGCAAAGUGGCCAAAUUUCAACCCAAAAUGAUGACCGUAAAGAACACAAAACUCAACGCAACUUUUUCAAGCACAUUUUGUUCCCUUCCUCUUUUUGGCAAAUUUGGACCAAAAUGAGGGUGGAAUAGUAAUAAUGCUUUCUAUGUCCAUUGCCACAUUGUCCAUGGUGGUGGUCAUGGUGGUGAUGGUGGUGGAGCAAUAUUUCUUCCCCCAUCGUACAGACGAAUGAGAAAGUGCUGAAGCGUGAAAAAUUGAAAUGAUCACACCCUAGGCUGGUGCUAGAUGCUAUGGUUUUUGCCUUUUUUUGGUGAGGGCAACCGUACGAUAUUCCACUUCAUAUCAGACUCGACGCGUUGUAAACUGUUGAUUGGGAGGAACAGUUUUAUGUAUUUUUUUUGUUUCAUGGUGAAGAAAAUGGAAAGGAAGGGAAUUUGAUUUUUUCCUUUUUCAUUUCUCGGUCCCUUUAAGCGAUAUCGGACAAAUUGUGGCCCCCCAUACCAUAUCGCUAGGGACAAAUCUCUUGAAGCACCCGAACGGUAAAUGACUUCUUUUUUUUUCUUCUUCUUGGGGACAUUUGCCUGUGUAGCUUCAUACUUUUGCGAAUGCGGAUUUGUACUUCCUUUCUAACAGCUUUGCAUGAAAUUGUUGAAAAGGAAGAUCCGCGAAAGAAACAAAACUGUGACAGAUUUUUGAUAAAUUGAAGAAUUUUUGGGUGACAAAAAAUAUAUAUUUUCCCUCCCACUCACAUUUGGGAGCCAGACCCGAAUGCUUUUCGGACACGGUGGCAUGAUCGGAAAGAUUAAAGUUUUUUUUUUGUUUGGAAUUUGUUGAAUGUUGAGUAAGUGUUCCUAUUACGGUCGGUUUGUUAAACAUUUCGAAUACAAAUUAUAUUAUUGGCACGAAUAUUUAAAUAUCUUCCACUUGGAAGAAGAUAUAAUUCACCAGCAAAAUGGACAUCAAUGGUUUCAGAAGAAACAUAUGAAGGUUUUUUUUUUAAUUAAUUUAACUCAUAUCAGUGCGCCAACUGUUUGUUUUGUUUGUGGGAGCGAUGUUCCCAGCUUUUUGUUGUUGUCCUGUUACCACCACUCACUAUGUACCUCCACGUAUUAUAAUACACAAUUGUGUUUUUUUAUUAUUAAACUUUCUUUUACAACUAUACAAUUUUUAACUACACACCAGCAGCAGGGAGAACAUCGCGCGGACUAAGAAGCUAAGACUCGAGCCGUGCACAUUAAACGGAAAUAAUUUUUUUACACUCUUGUACAUAUACGAGCAAUAGGAAACAAUAUGAAGAAUUUUUUACAACAACCAAAAACCCCUACAAUAAUAUUCGCACACAGACACACUUAUACACAGAUAAAUACACCAUAAGAAGAAAUUUCACAGCAGGUAAACUUUAUGCAGAGAAAAAUCACUUUACUUUCCGUAAGCCACAUCUCAUCGAGCCGUUCAUUUAAAUAGAGAAAAAAAGCGGAAAAGCGAGAGCAUAAAAUAACAUCACGAACACUAAUUGCAUUAGACAGUAAGGUCACAUCCAUAGCUUUAUGGAGCUUUGAUCGAAAAAUCAAUAAUGAAACCACAAACCUUACCGCAUACAAAAAACAAACGUUUGAAUGGUCGUGCUGGAUGUUUUCCCAUUUUACACCUAUGCUUUUUGCCUCUCCAAAUUUUUUGUUUGGGGUUUUUUUAGGGGAGUAAACAAGCACACUACCUUCCUCGGUGUUGAUUUAUCCGGACAGCUAUUUGUGUGAUUUUUUUCCUUCUAUGCUUUUGUCUGUAUGUUUAUCUUCACGCCUAAGCGCUUCCUUUUACGCUGCAAGCAACCAUAACGGGACGAACUUCGACCUCGGUUAUAUACUUCCACUAGUUGUUUUGUCGUUGUCAAUUUUUAAGACAAACAAAACAAGCAAAACAACUAAACGUUUUUGUUUUGUUGGGCGAACACGUGUCCAGUGAAAUUAUACAAAACCAAAAAACCAAACAAAAACAGCAGAUGGCUACCCAUUCGAACGAAAAGACUUGUCGAAAAGUCAGGAAAGCGUAAACAACGAGACAGAACAACACACACACACACACGCACGCUUACCGAAUGUCGUAUAAACAGCUUUGUGUAAAGUUUUCUAUUCGUGUACAGUAUAGACGAUUUAAGUUUGUUUGUCUUAGUUAUAUGUUUUAGUUUCAAAUAGUGAAGGAAAAGAAAAACAAUAGUUUUAAGAUUUGUUUUUUUUUUCUCUCUCUCUUCUAACGUAGUUGUGCGAUAAAGUUUGUGUUUUGUUUCUGUUUUGCAUUGUUUUGUUUUGUUUCGUUUUUUUAAGUUUUGUUUCUAACUUCGUUUUUACAGACAAACUCACACACAUUAACACACAACGAAAAAGGGGAAAGCAUUUUUGUACAAUUGUUUUUUGUUUAAAGAAAACAUUCAGCAAAAUGUGUUUUUGGGAAGGAAAUAGGCUGUCCAUUUUGACAUGAUUCAAGGGUGCAAUUGGGUAAGCUUAAUGGUACAGUUCAAGGUCGGUGGUAAUUUUCAUAACUGCCAACUGUAAUGAGAUUGGCUUCUCGUAGCUAUUGUAUUGAAAAAACGAAAAAGGGGACACGUUUUUAAAUUAUUAUGCUAUUAACGAACAAACGAAAAAAUGAAAACAUACAAGUGGGGAAAACAACAACAACCCAAACAUUGUAGCGAACAAUUAGUUCCACAGGACUCUUGAAUGUGAAAACUAGCGUAAGUAAAUCAAAUAUACAACAACACUAGUAUUGAUGUGAGCGAAAGAGAGAGGGGAAAAAAGCGAAACACACACACAUCAAAGUCAAAACGCGUAUUGGCAUAUAUUCGCCAUAGUCAACAUUUCAUUCCCUUUAUAAAAAUUCAGCAUCAUCAUCAAGUGCAGUACGGACUCGGGACACGGUCAAUACUGCCAGUUAGCUGAUAGCACCAUCCAUUUGCACUCAUCUCGUAUUAUACGCUAAUACAUAGGAGAAGAACGGUGGAAAAAGGAAGGGACUAAAAGAGGGUGAUUAAUUCCUAACCUUUUGCUAAAGAAACGUUUAAUGGAAACUUUUCUACAAAAUCACCGGCCGUUUUUUUAUGUUGUUUGUGUACGUGCGUGUAUAAAAUGGCACGUGCAAAAAGGACAGAAAAUGGAAGAAGAAAAAAUUGCAAUUAAUAAAACUUAUAUCCCAUUAUGAGUAUUUCGGGUGAGGGUUUUUGGGGGAAAAAACACACACACACACACACACAACAAAACCGUAUUAGUACACUAGUUUUACACUAUGAAAGUGUCGCGUGAAAGCAUUAUUAUAGGCAUUAUGUCGUAAGUAAACAAUUUAUUUAACGAAUAAGAUAUUAUGAUUGUGAACAAGAAAAAGCUGACAAAACGAGACAAGGCAAAACAAAAACAAAACAUAACUGAUAUUACACACACACACACGUAUCCAAAGACUGUAAUGUAUGUGAAGAUUUGUUUUGAUAAAAUGGUAGGCGCGGUUUUAACAUUUUUUCUGUCGGUUUUUUUUACCUCAAUAAGUUAAGCGUUAAUUUAACAAAUUAUUUGUAUGGACCUAAGUUUCAUCCGUUGGUUGUAGAGUAAAGCGCAUCAAACGGAUGGAAGGUGAUUUGCAUGGGAGGUUUUUUGUUGUUGUUUCAUGCCAUAAGAGGAAAACAACAAAAUUAAAAAGCCUAGUGUGUUUGUGUGGGAGUUCUCGAAUCUGAUAUAGAUACACGCAUUUGUUUUGUACUUGUGGGGAAAUUGUUUUUCCUUUUUUUUUGUGCGAAAAUCCAAGAACAAAAUACAACUUUUAAAAGCUCCCCCAAAAUACGGUACUAAAGACAAAUGGCCAGCAAAAAUGGUGGGCAAUUAAUGCUGCCAACUGUGCAACACUAACACACGGUAGCGAAGUGAGAAAAGGUAAAUUAAAUUAAACACACACACGGAAAACGCAAAAAAAAACAAUGGCGAUAAUAUGUAUUAAGCUCGGAUCAGUGCAGCAGUAUCUUAUAGUGGAAUAAUGUGUAAGUAAAACAGGCAAAACAACAUUAGUUUAAUACCUUUGAAACUUUUAUUGAGUUUUCUACGUCGAAACCCACACCGGCAAACAAGCGAGGACAGGAAGUAAAAGUGAACAGUGCUGGUAGAAAUAAUUUUAAAACCUAUCACAUGAUAUUUGGUGCGCUUCAGUUUUGGCCAGUUGCUGGCCCCAAACCGGUACCGCGUGACAGGGUGAAAGGAAAGCGCUCAAAACAUAUACAUAAAUGUAUUUUUUUGGAGGGACGACCACAAAGCUGUGCGUCAUUUGAAAUGGAAAAGAAAUGUGUUUUCAUUUUUCUCUCUGGGAGGGUAGAAUUUUUAAAAAACCACUACAAAAGUAUUCAUUAAACAAACAAAAAAUACACUUAUAUAUACACGUACUCACACACACACACACAUCGGUAGAAAUUUAGUAGCAAAAGCAAAACACAUACACACAGCAAAACACAUGACCCGAAGCGAACAGUAUAAAACCUUAAAUAAUGUAAACGAAAGACAGAAAACCCAACACUAGACUAAAUCGGCAUAAUUAGCUAAAUCGAAAGCGAGACAAAAUUAGCAAAAUCGUAGUAUUGCAAGCGCAAAUCACACACAUUCACAUACAUAAAACAAAUCUCCGAAGUACCCCGAUUCGAUUAAGAUUCCUCUGUUGCUGCUGUCGAUCGCGUCAUAUUCCAUGUUUGUUGUGUGUUUUUUUUUAUUGCGAUCACAAUUAAACCACUCUCGUUCAAAACCCGGUUACAUAAACGUAUAGUUAUACAUUUGCACAUUCCUUCGCAUAUAUAAAUUUUCUUUGCUGUGUUGAAUUAUGCACUAUUUCACUGCACGAAUCAUACAUAAACCCAAGAUAACAACAACACAUGCUCAGCCAUUUCAUGGUAGUCUUUAUAAAACGGUCAUGUAAAUUAUAAAAAAAAACCCAAACAAUUGAAACAAAACAA